GGCAGCCCCCGCGCCUCCUUCCGGGCGUGUGGCGGGGCCGUGAGGCGGCGGCGGCGGGGGGGGGCCGGGCCCCGCUCGGGCCAUGGCGUCGUGCGCCGACAUCCUCCGCAGCGAGUUCCCCGAGCUGGACGGCGAGGUCUUCGCCUACGUGACGGGGAUCCUGCACAGCAGCGGCGGGGACUUCGAGUCGGUGGACGAGCUGGUGGAGGCGGUGGGCGAGCUGCUGCAGGAGGUGGCGCCGGCCGGCAAGGACGAGGGCGCCGUGCGGGAGGUGUGCCAGCGGCUCUUCAACGCCCUGCAGCUGGAUGAGGGCCGGGCGCAGCGCUGCAGCCAGGUGCUGCUGGAUGCCCCCAUCCAGCUCUCGCAGAUCACGGAUGGAUACGAUUCCAACGCGGACCUGCUGCCGGGGCUGCUGCUGAAGAGAGGCCAGGCGUCGAUGGUGGAUGCCAAGAAACUGGAGAAGGCAGAAGCCAGGCUGAAAGCCAAGCAGGACCGGAGGAUGGAGAAGGAUUCCACCAAGUCAUCUGGCCCUCUGGUCCUCGAGGAGGCAACUGCCAGCCAGGCUGCCAGCAAGAAGGAGACUCGCAUGGAAUCCUCAGGCAAGAACAAAUCAUACGACGUCCGCAUCGAGAACUUCGACGUCUCCUUCGGUGAGCGUGUCUUGCUGGCAGGAGCAGACCUGAACCUGGCAUUUGGCCGGCGCUAUGGGCUGGUGGGCAGGAACGGGCUGGGGAAGACCACACUGCUGAAGAUGAUCGCCAGUCGGAGCCUGCGCAUCCCCUCGCACAUAAGCAUCCUCCACGUGGAGCAGGAGGUGGCGGGGGACGAGACACCGGCCCUGCAGAGCGUGCUGGAGUGCGACACCACUCGGGAGAGCCUGCUGCGGGAGGAAAAGGAGCUGACGGCCAAGGUUAACGCUGGCAGGGGAGAAGGGACGGAAGGCGCCAGGCUGUCAGAGAUCUACGCGAAGCUGGAGGAGAUUGAGGCAGACAAGGCCCCAGCGAGGGCAUCUGUCAUCCUGGCUGGGCUGGGCUUCAACGCCAAGAUGCAACAACAGACAACCAAAGAGUUUUCUGGAGGCUGGAGGAUGAGACUGGCCUUAGCCAGAGCCCUGUUUGCCAGGCCAGAUCUCCUUCUACUGGACGAGCCCACCAACAUGCUGGACGUGAGGGCCAUUCUGUGGCUGGAGAACUACCUGCAGACCUGGCAGUCCACCAUCCUCGUGGUGUCCCACGACAGGAAUUUCCUCAAUGCGGUGGCCACGGACAUCAUCCACCUGCACUCGCUGCGGCUGGACGCCUACCGGGGGGACUUUGAGAACUUCAUGAAGACCAAGGAGGAGCGACUGAAGAACCAGCAGCGGGAGUACGAAGCGCAGCAGCAGUACCGCGAGCAUAUCCAGGUCUUCAUCGACCGCUUUCGGUAUAACGCGAACCGGGCGUCCCAAGUACAGAGCAAGCUCAAGCUGUUGGAGAAGCUGCCGGAGCUGAAACCUGUGGACAAGGAGUCUGAGGUGAUGAUGAAGUUCCCCGAUGGCUUUGAGAAGUUCUCCCCCCCCAUCCUGCAGCUAGAUGAAGUAGAUUUCUGUUAUGACCCGAGUCACUACAUCUUCCGUUCCCUCUCUGUCUCUGCUGACCUGGAGUCCCGCAUCUGUGUGGUUGGGGAGAACGGAGCUGGCAAGUCGACCAUGCUAAAGAUCUUAAUGGGGGAGCUGGCACCAGUCAGAGGGAUCAGGCAUGCUCACAGAAACCUUAAGAUCGGCUAUUUCAGCCAGCACCACGUGGAUCAACUGGACUUGAACAUCAGUGCUGUAGAGCUGCUGGCAAGGAAGUUCCCAGGGAAGACGGAGGAGGAGUACCGGCAUCAGCUGGGGAGCUACGGCGUCUCGGGGGAGCUGGCCGUGCGCCCUGUGGCCAGCCUGUCUGGAGGGCAGAAGAGUCGAGUGGCCUUUGCGCAGAUGACAAUGUCCUGUCCAAACUUCUACAUCCUGGAUGAGCCGACAAAUCACCUGGACAUGGAGACCAUCGAGGCACUAGCGAAGGCGCUGAAUAAGUUCCGGGGCGGUAUCAUCCUGGUGUCCCACGACGAGUGCUUCAUCCGCCUGGUGUGCCAGGAGCUGUGGGUGUGCGAGAACGCCACCGUCACCCGCAUCGAGGGCGGCUUCGACCAGUACAGAGACAUCCUGAAGGAGCAAUUCCGAAAGGAGGGUUUCCUAUAAGCGAGGCGGGGGGGGCCCAGCCUGCCCGAGGAGGCUUCGGGCGCUGCAGCCUCCAGCCACGCCGAGCCCGGCAGAGCGCCGAGGAGGUGGCACGGACCCCAGCCACGCCAUCCAGCUGCCACCCGAACUGCUCUCUCCUCCUGGGGCGCGGGCGGCCCCCGCUCUGCCCUUCUGCCCGGCCGCCCGUGCAAGGACAGCGAGGGACCGGGAGCCGCGGGCGCUGCUCCUUGUGGGCGCUGCCUGCACCGUGCUCCAGGCCUGGGCCGUGCCUGGAGCUGCUGCUCCGCUGGGAUGAGGAAAGGAGGUGUCCCCCCACCCUGGUUGUAACUCCGUGCUCGCGAGGGCAGGAGAGGAGCUGUUCUCCUUUCUUCGCUUACCCCCACUGCCUUUUUCUUUGUUCGUUUUUUUUUUUUUCUGGUUAACUGGUGCGCACUGGUCAGAUUCUCACACCGUCUUUCUCUCCCCAGCUCUCCUACGCUCUCGUCCCCUCUGCUGCCCGGGCGGGAAGCGAGACCUUUGCUGCUACAACCACCCCCAGCCUCUUCCCAAACCCCUGGAAGCACCGGGGGCGAGGGUUCGCUUUGCCUGUCCCCCCCCCGUGGGGCUCGCCUGCGUGCCCCCACGGGGUGCGGGGUGCGAGCGGGCCCCUCCAGCAGGGGGGUGGCGGUGUAAAUAAAAGCAGAACGCUA